UAGAAUUUCCAAUUGCCAACUUGUCCGUGUGGCGUGAAAUUCUUGAAGUUGGGAGUCUUUUGUUCGUAUGUUUGGACCCAAAGUGAGUGGAUAUCUGCCAUGAUAGCAGCCAAAAAGUAAAGCCGUCAAGACACAAUUUAAAAGACGGAGAAUAAGUUUGAACAGCCCUUGUGGGCAUUUUUUCCGCAUUUGGCUGAGUGAAACUCCUGAUGGAAAGCAAGUGAGGGGAAAUGUAACUAACGUUAGGAGGAGCUGAGCUAACUAUGUGGCAACACUCAGCUUUUUCUCUGAUAACAAGAGCAAUAACGUUAGUUAGAGCGGUGCUUUUAUUUCAGGCAAAGUGAGAUGGAGGGAGCGAAGGAGAGACAGAGGCAGCAGCGAGAGGAGAAGGAAAGCAACGAGGCAGAAGACGGCAGGAGGAGUGAUGACAACGCUGAUAACGAAGAUGAAGAGGAUGAAAGUUCAGAGAGCGCGGCACUGGUGUGGCAGGAAGGCUAUGGCGAAGACAAUCUGGGCCAUCCCAUCAUGCACUGGGAGGCACUGAGCCUGCGCAUUGCUGAGCUGGAAAAGCAAGAAAAGGAGAAGGCGGCAAAGAGUGGAGUUUCUCUGGAGAGAGGCAGAGGUCCAGUGAGCUGGACAGAGGACAGAGGGCGGAGAGCAGAGAGCUGGGAGGAUGGAGACGACUCCUACAACAGCCAUGUUCUGGCACUCACCUCCCGCCUGCAGACACAGAUGAAUCUUCAGCUCUGCUUCAUCAACAACAGUGAAAGUGAGGAAGAGAAGGAGGAGGAGGAGGAGGAAGAAGGAAAGACCAGCAAGAGGGAAAGUAGCAACACACGGAGAGGGACUGUUCAGGUCCAUAAGAGUCCUCAGCCUCCUGCCAAGCCAACGAAGCCAAAAUCCAGAGGCAUUAGGAACACUCUGAGAAAUCUACGAGACAGACUGAGAACAGAUCAUGGAACACUGACUGGAGCUCGUAGUGAUCCUGUAGUCCAGAGAAGACAUUUGGAGCGCAGUGAUUUACAAAACUUCAGUAUGAAGGACCUGAAUGCUCUUUGUACUUCUCUCAGCCAAGCCAUCCAAGACCUGAGCUCAGAGCUGGUGGGUCGCCUCCAGGUCCGUGACCAGCUGAGGACAGAGCAGGAUGCCAUGCUGUUGGAGGUCCAGGAUCUGACAUCGUUGUGAACCUGCCGAUCACUCCCAGCUGAAGUUCACCUGCCUACCUUUGGGGAGUAAUAAUGUCACCAAACCUCUGAACAAGUGUCAUAGUCUGUGAACAUUGUUGGGAAUCAGACGGUGUCACAGUGCCUCAUCUCAGUCAGUCCCUCCUAAUGUUGGUCUGACCAGCCGAUCACAGUGAAGAGUGUCAGUCCCUUUCUUGUACAUUCAGUUGCAUAAUAUUUUUCAAUGUUGUUGUCUUUGUGGUAUAGUUGUAAGGGAAACUUUGUCUCACUAAAGGAAAGUGUCCACCUGCAGUGAUUUUAAACUUGGGUAUGACAGAACUAGCUUUGUCCAGCAGGCGUGGUCAAUGCGUCAAAGCUGUAUGGUACUGCCAACAACUAAAACUGAGCUGGUCACAACACCCAGGUAGUGGAUGGUGGCCUUAAAGGGACACGGUGACAUUUAUUUGGAAAUAUCCUCUUUUGCCUUCUUGCUCGUAGUCAGGUUAGAGGAUCAGUACAAGUUUCAUCUCCACUGUGUCCACAGCAGAUAGUGGUCUGGGUCGUGUUAAACCCAGCUUAGCACCGUGACUGGAAGCAAGGGAAAAUGUACAGUGUGUAGUUCCCUCCUUAACACACCACGCUGGGUCCAAACCAAAAUUCAGAUGCAAAAUAUUUGUGUAAAAACAUUUUGCACAUUAAAAAUGUACAUCAAGGA